AUGACACACGUUACACGCAUCCAAGACUACCGACCUCAGCCAGUUUGUCAAGAGACCAGAUGUCGUCGCAAGGAUGAAGUGUUUGCAUCUCCUGCGAACUUGAAAUCGCGUAUGAUUCAGUUCAUCUUUCGACGUCGUAGACGCACACAACAUGAGCCAUCCAAGUAUUGGUCAGGACGAGAUGAUUGCAUCGCUGUUGUGGAGCCAGUCCCUGCAAGUCGGCCACCAGUCAGCACGAGUAUUGCAAUUCCUAGCAGCUCGUCGGUAUCGAGAAAGCUGACAUCGGAUCGAGUACCAAGACAAAGAUCGGCUGAUGAAGGCACGCACAGAACUGGCAGUUGGCGCCAACGACAGACGUACUGCGCCAACUGUCAGCGUCUUUUCUUCACGUCGCUGUCCUCCCUCAGAAGCAUAGCAGGUGCAUUCUGCUCGCUGGACUGCAAGACAAAUCUCGAGUACAUGCGCCAGCUCCAGGACGUGACGUACACGCAGACAUGGGAGAGCAGCACAAUCAGCAGCGGAUUGGAAGACGCGACAUGUGCAACAAAAGCGAACACCUCGCAGGUGAUUAUCGGUGUUGAUGAUCUGGACCGAUUUGGACCUCGUGCGUCGUGCAUCGGUAGUCAGAUAGACGUUGUGACAUCGGAUGGAGAAGGCUACACUGGAUUUGACCGUUGGUAG